AUGGGUAACCUGAGGAUCUUUGUGGUGCUGCUGGUGCUACAGACAGUCCAGUUUGAAGCCUGCCAUGGCCUUUGGUGUAACUGCUCCACAGCGCCCUGUCUGAAGCAGGGGUCCCGCUGUGAGACAGACGGGGCGUGUGUGGCUUCGUCGUCGCUAAUGGAGGGACAGGAGCAGCUGGUGCGAUACUGCAUCACGAGGGACAAGCUGGUGCCACCAGGACAACCCAUCUUCUGCCUCAGCGCUGUGGGCCUGAUGCACACGCACUGCUGCUACUCUGACUACUGCAACAGCAUCAACCUGUCAGUCCCCACGGUGACCUCUGACCCUGCCCUGGUUGGAGGCUAUGGCCCUGGAGGCCGCUGGGUUCUGGUGCAGCUGGUGGCGGUGGUUGCUGGUCCUCUUUUGAUGGUGUGCUUGCUGGUGCUGCUAGCGGUGUGUCUUUACCAGUACCAGCAUCGCGCCUACCAUCAGCGGCAGCGGCUGCAGGUGGAGGACCCCUCCUGUGAGCACCUGUACCUGCCCAAAGACUCCACCCUCCAGGACCUCAUCUAUGACCUGUCAACUUCUGGGUCCGGAUCAGGGCUGCCUCUGUUCGUACAGAGGACUGUGGCUCGCACCAUUGUCCUUCAGGAGAUCAUAGAAAGAUCCUGGUUCAGGGAAGCAGAGAUCUACCAGACCAUCAUGCUGCGACACGAGAAUAUCCUGGGCUUCAUUGCUGCCGACAACAAAGAUAACGGUACCUGGACGCAGCUGUGGCUGGUGUCAGAUUACCAUGAACAUGGCUCUCUAUUUGAUUACUUGAACCGUUACUGCGUCAGCACCGAGGGCAUGGUUCGCCUGGCGCUGUCUGCUGCCAGCGGCCUGGCUCACCUGCACAUGGAGAUCCUUGGCACACAGGGGAAGCCUGGCAUCGCCCACAGAGACCUAAAGUCCAAGAACAUUUUGGUGAAGAAGAACUGCACCUGUGCCAUUGCCGACCUGGGGCUCGCUGUGAGACACGACUCAGCAUCCGACACCAUCGACAUCGCCCCCAACCAGAGAGUGGGCACCAAGAGGUACAUGGCUCCUGAGGUCCUGGAUGAAACCAUCAACAUGCGGCACUUCGAUUCGUUCAAAUGUGCAGAUAUUUACGCUCUGGGGCUGGUGUACUGGGAGAUCACCCGCCGCUGCAACACUGGAGGGAUACUGGAGGAGUACCAGUUGCCUUACUUUGACCUGGUUCCCUCUGAUCCGACCAUCGAGGAAAUGAGAAAAGUUGUCUGUGACCAGAAACUAAGGCCCAACAUCAGCAACUGGUGGCAGAGCUACGAGGCCUUGCGGGUUAUGGGUAAAAUCAUGCGUGAGUGCUGGUAUUCCAACGGAGCGGCGCGUCUCACGGCUCUGCGCAUCAAAAAGACUUUGUCUCAACUCAGCGUCCAGGAAGACAUCAAGGUCUGA